ACUUUCAAAGAGUUUGUUGGUGUAUGCAGCAAUACACAUAACCUGUAUAAAACGAUUUGCGGUCUGUAAACAAACUGUGUUUUGACAAUUCUGUUUUUUGGAAUUGUUUAAUUUUUUUAUGAUCUAGAAUUUUUUCGAUAUCAUUAUCGAACAAUGAGUAAAAAAAGCGGCAUUGGCUUCGGUAAAAUCAGUUUUAAAUUGAAUACCAAGGACAAGCCGGAAUCUAAGCCGUCUGAAGAAGAGCCAGUUCAAGGAUUUGGUACAUUUGGUAAAGCACCAAAAGAGAAAAAUGCUCAAGCUAUCCAAGAAAUUAACCCUGAAGACGAAGCUGAAACUCUACAACUGCAGGAAGUAAUGGGAUUGUCAUCAUUCGGGAAAAAAGAUGCCCCCAAACCAAAUGAAGAUCACAUCCAUGAGAAAAUGAAAUCGACUGCUAAUCGAAAAGCAAGAACUUUUGAUGUCUUGGAAAUGGUAGAAACUAUAAAGAAAAAUGUAACAAUUACCAAACCAAUAGAAGAAGCAGCAGCUGGUCCAUCAGAGGAAAAAGAAGAUGAUAGCGAUGAUGAUUUUAUUGGGCCUCCAAUUCCUUCUUCUUUAUCUUCUACAGAAGUGACACAAAAUGAUGAUAAAAACAAAGCUCCAAGCAGUUCAAAUAACACAACAAAAAAAUCUGGAAAUAAAAGUAGUGAUGAUGACGAUGAUGAUGAUUCAAAUGAAGACGACAAGGAAGAUGAAGAUCUUAUUAAGAGGAUACCAUGUACUCAUCAAGUUUCAAUGAAACAUGGUACUAAAGCUGUAACAGCGAUAGCUGCUGAUCCUUCUGGUGCUCGAUUGGCUUCUGGUUCUGUAGAUUAUGAGCUUUCAUUUUGGGAUUUUGGUGGAAUGGACGCUUCUAUGAGGAGUUUCAGAACUUUACAACCUUGUGAAAAUCAUCCAAUCAAGUGCCUACAAUACUCAAAUACAGGUGACGUAAUUUUAGUGAUUUCAGGAUCUGCCCAAGCCAAAGUUUUGGAUAGAGAUGGAUUUGAAAAGUAUGAGACGGUAAAGGGAGAUCAAUAUAUUAAUGAUCAAUCUAGAACUAAGGGCCACACAGCUUAUUUAAAUUCUGGAAUGUGGCAUCCAUUUACAAAAGAAGAAUAUAUAACAACUUCACAAGAUUCUACUUGUAGAGUAUGGAUCAUGUACAGACCCAAAGGUCAUAAAGCACUUAUUAAGUGUAAAAAUCAGAGAGGUAUAAAAACCGUUCCUACAAGCUGCUCUUACAGUAGAGAAGGCACAGUUAUUGCACUUGGAUGUACAGAUGGUUCUAUUCAAAUGUGGGACAAUAGAAAAGCGUUUGUAAAUCCAUCAUUGAUCAACAGAACAGCACAUGGAGAACAUCAAGAAAUAUCAAGUUUACAUUUUUCUUAUCUGGGACAAAUGCUCUCAUCUAGAAGUUGCGAUGACACAUUGAAACUUUGGGAUCUAAGACAGUUCAAAAGUCCAUUAUUCACUGCCUCAAAUCUAUAUUCUAGAUACGAGUCUACGGACUGUAUGUUUAGUCCCGAUGAUUCCAUGGUAGUCACUGGUGAGUCAUUAGCCAGAGGACAAACUGCCGGAAAAGUAUUAUUUUACGAUACGAAAACGUUCGAUCGCGUCCACGAAAUCGAAGUCACCGAUUCGCACGUGAUAAAAACUCUGUGGCACCCAAAGUUGAACCAAAUCUUCGUUGGCUGUGGCAAUGGUGUUAUAAUGACGUAUUAUGACAUCAAAAAGAGUUUGAGGGGAGCCAAAUUGUGCGCCGUGAAGCAAAAGCACAAGAAAAAGAAUGUGGAGAUCAUGUUGACUCAGCAAAUCAUCACACCACACGCUUUGCCACUAUUCAGGCAAGACAGACCCAAGUCAGUUCGCAAGCAAAUGGAGAAGGAUCGCCAGGAUCCGUUGAAAUCGCACAGGCCAGAUCUACCGAUUACCUCGGGUCAGGGUGGAAGAGUCGCAUCCUCGGGCGCUACGCUCAGCUCAUACGUCAUACGUAAUCUCGGUUUGAGCAAGAGAGUCGAAGAUGAUCAAAAUCCCCGUGACGCCAUUCUGAAAUAUGCUAAAAUAGCCGAAGAAGAUCCCUACUGGAUAACGCCAGCGUACAAAAAAAAUCAGCCCCAGCAGAUAUUCCAGGAAGAGGGUGAGGACGACAAUGACGAACCGUCGAAUAAAAAGCAAAAAACGAACUAGAUACAGUUCAGAGAAGUGCGCUUGUAAAUAUCUUGUAGAU